GCACGUUCUUCAUUCCAGCCAAGCCAUAUAUCAAACAGAUUAGUUGCAAAUCAAAAGCCGAUUCUUCUUGCUUCGGCAAAAAUUUCUCCCUGCAGUUACCACCACAUCUCACGCACCAACACACAAUCAACUCCUCAGCCUCUUCCAUUGUUCCUCAGAUCUCCUCAUUGAGAAAGAGAAUUUUACAGAAAAAGAAAAUGUACCGAUCAGCGAGCUGGAACCGAUUCUCCGACGAAUACUACUCGCAUUCGGCCCCGUCCUCGAAGCCAGGGCAGUCAUUGCGACUAUCGUCGUCGUUUGAUCAGGGGAAUAAUGAGCUUCCAAUGAACGAUCCGGUGACGGAAAUGGUGAAGCGAGAGAAAGCGCGAGUGAAGUUUGCGGAAAAUGCUGUUCAUGUGAUUCCGUUCGUUUUGCUAAUCUGCGGCAUUGUUCUGUGGUUCUUCUCCAAUCCAGAAGUAGAUGUGGAGAUGAGAGGAGGAACAAUGAGGAGCACAAUAGUGGGGCUGACACUUGAGGGAGAGAUUGAGAGUACCCAAAAGGAGGAAACUCCCCCAACUUUAAAUCGACCUUUGUCCCACUCUUCAGAACCUCAUCAUACCUCAACUUCCAAAACUACAACAUUUAUACGACGUUAAAUCUAUUGUAACCUCGAGGAUUUGAGCCCCCUAAACUUUAUUCUCUUUCUAAUUAUAUUAGUUCUAAAAACAAAGUCAUUUGAUGACUAUCUAAUCUAAUACGAUGGUAUGAACAUGUUUCUUUCAUCAUCCUCGAUAGACUAAAGUUCAAAUGUUCUCUUUUGCAUUAAUUUCUUUAA